ACUGACAUGUGACUUUUGUAAAUACGCAUCAACUAGAUAUUACGCCACGUAAUUUACAAAAUCAUUGGAACAAUCAAGUCAGCUGUCAUAACCUUAUGUACAGCAAUCUAAAAUAUAAAUUUAAUAAAUAUUUACUCAAACUGAAACGGAUAAAUUAAAAAAAAAUAUAUAGAACUAUUUGGUGUGCGGAGUAAUUAUUUGUUUAUAUCCGAAAUCCGCCAUAUUUGUUGACAAUUUGUUGCAUCAAACAGAAAGGAGAAAAAUCUUUAAAUCGUAUCUAGAAGAAAUAAUGAAGUGGGAAUAUAAAGAAGAACAUCCCUUUGAAAAAAGGCGUGCUGAGGGUGAAAAAAUCCGAAAGAAGUAUCCAGAUCGUGUUCCUGUUAUUGUUGAGAAAGCGCCAAAGGCCAGAGUAGGAGAUUUAGACAAGAAAAAAUAUCUGGUGCCAUCAGAUUUAACAGUUGGACAGUUUUAUUUCUUGAUAAGAAAGAGAAUUCAUCUGAGGCCUGAAGAUGCUUUGUUUUUCUUUGUAAACAAUGUGAUCCCUCCAACAAGUGCAACAAUGGGAUCUCUUUAUCAGGAGCAUCACGAGGAAGACUUCUUUCUAUACAUAGCAUACAGUGAUGAAAGUGUAUAUGGAGCCUAAACACUGGACUGAUGACUAAAUCUGUACCGGGAACCAGUUCUUUUAAAUCUAAUGCUUGUGUAUGAUAGAUGUGAUCAGAGAGUUAUAUAUGUUGCUUAUACAGAAUUUUACCUAACUUUGUAAAAUGUCUGUAUUUCAUGUGGUGACAUUUUUAACACAAUGGCAAAGAUCAUUCACAUAUUCUAUUUUUAUUGAGGGUGCAUAAACCCUCAGCCUUUGUUCUAAAAUUUCGUAAGCUUCAAUUAUUUGAAAAGUAUUUGCUUUGAAAAUGAGAAAAAAAUGAAAAAGUUACAUCUAACUGUGCAGUUGACCACAAUCAACUGUUGUUGAUAUUUAACAUCUUUUUUAAUCUUAUAUGCAUUUAAUAUUAUAUUUCUCUGUGUAGUAAAAGUUUGCAAUUAUGUAAUGCUUUUAUCAAUGUUCUACAAAAACACAGAAUGUUAUUGUUAUGAUGAAGUGAAGAAAGUGUUACAAUGCUCAGAAUUUUACACAAGUAUGUGUUUACAUUAAUGUACACGUAUCACACCCUAUGUUAAAAGCAGAUAACACUGACCCUUUAAAGAUAUUUUAUACAAUUUAGGAAUUUGAGUACAUAUACAUGUAUAGUACACACAUGGUUAUUCAUUUAAAAAAACUUAAUAUUGGGUAAUUCCCUUUGAAAAAAGAUUGCUGAAUUUUGUUGUUGAUAACACUGAUAGUGUCAUGCAAUUUCUGCUGAAUAAACAGAUUUUAUAUAUUGAGUUAACUACCAGCAUUUAUUAAAAGAUCACCACAGAUGUCACCCUGUGUGUGUAUUGUACAUGUUGUUUCUAUAUAUUCUACCAAAUUAACUGUUUUUAAAUAAUUUUGUGAUAAUUAUGUAUAUAAGUAGUGUAUUGUUAUUAUUAUCUAUUGUUUUUAUUGUUAUAUUAUCUGUAUGAAUGGAGAAAUAGAUGUAAAUAUUUUAAUUUUGUUGUAUCAUUUUAUCAGGUGGUAACUGGAUUUGUUUGUCUCGUGUCGGGGAGAUAGAUAUGGGAUAAUACUGCUUUUGUUUCUUACAGUACACGCAAGAUGUAAUAGUUUAAAGAUAACUUAUAUAGUAAGCUUCAGUAGAUCACUGUAAAAUUAGUAGAUCUUAUUAAUACAUGUACCCCAGAGAAUUUUAGCAAUUUAAUCUCUGUUACUUUUGGUCUUUAUGUUAGUACUAACUUUUGAUUGGUACCUAAAUUUUUUCCCAAAAAAUUACAUUAGAUUUAUGGUCACAGUUUUGCUUGCUUCCUGUAAAAUAUGCCCCCAACAUAAAUUAUUAUUCUAUUUCCGGCAAUUUUUUUUUGGUAUUGAACUUGCAUUCACUAGAAAGUGAUUUUAAAUAACUUAAUGUAUAGUAUCUUAAAUUUACUGCAACAUGUUAUGUGUACUGUACUAUUUGUCAUUAGCUGUCAUAAGUUUUAUCAAUCUGAAGGCUUAUCAUACUUGUAACUGAGGUCCAUAUCGUGUAUGAAUUAGUAUUACUUUUUGUUGUAAAAGCUGACAUAUUAUAUGCAGAUUUUUUUUUAGCAACUUGUCUAUUACAAUCUUAUUGUUUUAAUAUGUGAACAAUGAAAAUAAAUGUAACAUUUGAAAUAAAAAUUUUGACAGAGCUCAAGUUAAUAUUCGGUGAAAUUUCCUUAAUAUGCCUCUUCUGAUGAAAGAUGACAUUAGUCAAAAGAAAAUAUGUGUAAAGUGUGUUGGUGGUUGCUGUUAAAGCUGCAUGCAUACAAGUUGGUGUUCAGCCAUGCAAUGAAUUUAAUCUUUUGUGGAUUUUUUUGGUCAGUAUGCUCCAUCUUACUUAUUUAUUAUCAUGAUCUAAUAUAAAUGGAAUGGCUCUGUCAGUAAUUUUCUCAUGUUAACCUAAAAGAUCUAUAAUAUAUAUUUAUACAAAAUAUUUAUUCUUAUUAGAUGGUAUGUCUCAAAAAAGUCAUUAAGGUUUAUAAUUUUAUUUUUGAACAAAAUUAAUUGCAAUGUUUAGUGAAAAGCUCUUUCAACAAAUUUCGUUGAUAGUAAUACUGCCAUAAAACUUUGACAUAUCACACAGCUUUCUAGAAAAUAAUUCUGUUUCUCAGGUCUUUGACAAUAAUAUGUCAAAAGGGGACCACAUCAAAGAUUUUAUUUGAAAUUUGAAGUUAAGUUAUGUUUUACAGAUAUGAAUAUCAUUUAUUAUAUGUAAGAAGAGUAUAAAUGUCUGUUGAGUCCACAGUACUGACAUUUGGGGAUGUUAACAACAGCGCUGACAUUUGGGGAUGUUAAUGCAAUCAGAAAUUUUAAAUUUGUAUCUCAAUUUUAAUUACAACUAGAUGUUGUUGGACUCUGUCUCAUUGACAUAUACCCCAUUUCUUGUAUUUAAACAUAUAUAUAUAUAAAGUUUAAAAGGCCUGAUAAAUAGACUUUAUUUUAGAUCCCCUUACUAUUUUACAUAUAUUAAUUGGUAUGCUAAAGACAUUUUCUUUAUCCAGAUAUGAAUAUGUUUAAACAAUUUUCAACAGACAUUUGUUUCGACAUAUAUUGCAUCUUGUAAAUGUUCAUUUAUAAAAUAAAAUAUUGUUCAACUAAA